CCACGCACGCACCGCUCCCCGUGCCCGCCCGCUGCCGUGCCCGUGCCCCCUUCCUUUCCUUCCCUUCCUUCUUUUCUUUCCCCCUCUCCGUCCGCCCCCGCUUUUACACCACCUCCCCCCACCUCCCCCCUCGCUCUCCUCCUCCUUCGCCGCUCCCCAGACCCAGAUCGCCGACGCGACGAGAGCAAUGGCGGCGGGGUACCGGGCGGAGGACGACUACGACUACCUCUUCAAGGUCGUCCUCAUCGGCGACUCCGGCGUCGGCAAGUCCAACCUGCUCUCCCGCUUCACCCGCAACGAGUUCAGCCUCGAGUCCAAGUCCACCAUCGGGGUCGAGUUCGCCACCCGCUCCCUCCAGGUCGACGGCAAGGUCGUCAAGGCCCAGAUUUGGGACACCGCCGGCCAGGAACGAUACCGUGCUAUCACUAGCGCAUACUACCGUGGUGCUGUAGGAGCGUUGCUUGUGUACGACGUCACUCGGCACGCAACCUUCGAGAAUGCAGAGCGCUGGCUGAAGGAGUUGAGGGACCAUACGGAUCCGAACAUAGUUGUCAUGCUUGUUGGCAACAAGUCUGAUCUCCGCCAUCUUGUGGCAGUCCCAACCGACGAAGGGAAGGCGUUUGCAGAGAGGGAGUCGCUCUAUUUCAUGGAGACCUCUGCCCUUGAGUCGACCAAUGUGGAGGACGCGUUUGCGGAGGUGUUGAAACAGAUUUACCGCAUCGUGAGCAAGAGGGCGGUUGAUGCGGGCGAAGACUCGGCCUCCGGCCCUGGUAAGGGUGAGAAGAUCAACAUGAAGGACGAUGUCUCGGCGGUGAAGAAGGGCGGGUGCUGCUCUAGCUGAGGCGCCAUGUUGUAUUUUUUGUUGCUGAGCUUUUGUGAUGUGGCCUUUCCAGCGACCGGGAAUUAUUAGUAGCAGUAGUAGCAAGUAUUAUGAUUAUGAUGUUACUUAGAGAAGUUGAAGUUUGUUACUGAACCGAGAUGUUUGUCUAGAUGGGGUGAGAUCUUCCUUCAUAUUGUUGUAUGGUCAGGCAAUCGGCAUGGAGUAUUGUUUUUCAGGUCA